AUGGCUUCCCCCCAGUCGACAACGUCUCACGAUGACUCCAAGAAGAACCUCGAGCAGAUCACUUUUCGCUUUUGCGCCGAGUGCUCCAACAUGCUCUAUCCCAAGGAAGAUGCAGACGCACACAAGCUGCAGUUCACAUGCCGCACGUGCCAGUAUACCGAAGAGGCUGCAUCUACCUGUGUCUUUCGGAACGUCCUGAACAACGCAGCUGGUGAGACGGCUGGCGUAACGCAGGAUGUCGGAUCGGACCCAACGGUUGGUGCUGCCUUUUUUGCUGUUGAUGCUUCUGUUUCUUCUGCUUUUUCUGCACACCACCCAUCCCCUCUCACCACUGUACCCAUGUGCUCCGGUCAGGCUGUUCUUUGUCUCUGCUGCGGCACCACCGUUGUCUGUCGUAAUUGUGGUGGCCAGCUCUACUCUGCCAAGCCUACGGCUCGCUUGGCUAUUGUGGACGGCUCGAAUAUCUCUUCAAAUGAGUCUGGCUCAUGUACGACUGAAUCGACCGACAUGACCGAUCUUACGGAUCUCACCGAUUUGAGUUUUGAUGGAGCCUUCGGUUGUGAGAACGUGACUGCGCUCGCCGACGAAUUUGAGUAUGACAACGACAUCGACUUCUAUAUCAACUGA